ACAGAACAUCUUGAAAUGUAAAACAAAAAUUCUAACUAAAAUAUGUUAACCCAAUCAUGAAAUCUGACAAAAUCUACUAGAAAAGCUUGUUGUUUAACAGGGCCUCUGCCUUGUCUGAGAUGAAAAACAUGAAUUUUGUUAUAUAAAACUCAAUUUCCCUGUUGGCUUUAUGCUACUCUUGAGUUUAUUUGCAGAGAAUGGGCCAACCCUGCCGUCCUUUGAAGCUUUGUUUAUUGUAUUUUGAUGCAAACAAAGUUAUGAUAUUCUUUUGGUUUUUGUUAUGAAUCUUUUCCAAAUGGCAAAUUCACUAACUUUGAUGCCUUUUCUCUUACUCUAAAUGAUAGAUUAUUGUUUUCUGAUAUCAGAGCUUGGCUUCCUAAGCUAUCUAAUCCAUUUUUUCUAACCUCUCAUGGCUAUGGCUUUCUACUUCAUAUCAUCUCAAGCUUUUGUUCUUAUUUUCUUUUUAUGUUCUUGUUGUUUCGCAGUCUCUCAAUCGCUGUCGAACUCAACGGUUGGCUCGUCAUGUCAUUCGGAAUCUGUUUGCAACACUUACGUGAGCUUCUUUGCAAGCUCUCCUGACUUUUUGGAUUUGGAGAAUGUGUCUGAUCUGUUUGGAGUUAAUCGAUCGUUGAUUGCUGAAGCUAGUAACUUGAAUCCCGAGGAUGGUCGUCUAUUCCCGGGCGAGCUCUUGUUGAUUCCUGUCCAAUGUGCCUGCAAUGGAGACCAUUACUUUGCCAAUAUCACUUACCAAAUCAAGAAGGGGGACGUCUACUUUACUUUAGCAAUGACUGCAUUUCAGCAUCUUACUGAGUGGCAAGUAGUGAAUGCUGCCAAUCCCAAUUUGGAUCCAAACUUUCUGCACAUUGGAGAUGAAAUAACUUUUCCUCUAUACUGCAAGUGUCCCUCGAAAACCGAAGUCGAAAAGAACAUCAAACACUUCAUUACUUACAUAUGGCAGCCGACCGAGAACAUUUCUGUUCUUAGUACCGAGUUUAAUGUCUCGACGGAUGCCAUAUUAGCAGACAAUAACUACACAAAAAUGAGAGACACACCAAACCUUCCCGUGUUUAUUCCCGUGUUGAAGUUGCCUCUUCUCUCCCAUAUGAAUCCAUACUACAAGAUGAAGAACGAUCAACGCAAGCAGAUUGUCGUCGUUUCCAUGAGCAUAGGAGGUUCACUUUUACUUCUUGUUCUAGCAGCUGGCCUGGUAUGUGUUCAUUUUGUUUUUAAGAAUAGGAAUUCAUUGAAAUGGAACAAGUUCCCUAUGGAAAUUGGUGAUAGCCCUGCAAGGAACAAUGCCUUUGAGGCUAAGAUUGGCUAUCAAGAUGAUAGGUUGCUUCCCAAGGUUUCAGAUUAUCUAAGCAAACCAAUCUUGUAUGACAUCAAUGUGAUCAUGGAGGCAACCAAGAAUCUCAAUGAGAGCUAUCGAAUAAGAGGAUCGGUGUACCGAGCAACAAUCGACGGCCAAGUCUUUGCUGUUAAGAAAAGCAAGGAAGGUAUAACAGAGGAACUGAACAUUUUGCAGAAAGUAAACCAUGUGAACCUAGUAAAAGUAAUCGGUUUCUCGAUCGACAUUGAUCGGAGUUGCUUCCUAGUCUAUGAAUACGCCGAAAAUGGUUCACUUGAUAAAUGGUUGCACUCCUCUUCAUUGGCUUCUCUUACAUGGGAACAAAGACUAUCCAUAGCAUUAGACGUGGCCAAUGGUUUGCAAUAUAUGCACGAACAUAUUCAACCGAGCGUCGUUCAUCGAGAUAUCCGAACGAGUAACAUACUUCUCGACUCGAGGUUGAAGGCAAAGCUUGCAAAUCUAUCAAUGGCAAAGCCGGCAAUAGACUCAAUAUCACACAAGAUAGAUGUUUUUGCUUUUGGAGUUGUUUUAUUGGAGUUACUUUCGGGGAAAAAAGCAACCGAAACAAAAGGCAACGGCGAGGUCGGGAUGUUAUGGAAGGUUAUAAGAGAGGUGAUGGAUAUUGAGGAGACAAAGGAAGGGGCGCUGAGGGCAUGGAUGGACCCAAAACUUGAAAGUUUAUACCCCAUUGAUGAGGCUGUGAGCUUGGCAGAUUUGGGGAAGGCAUGCACCAAUGACUUGCCAAUGGCGAGGCCAAGCAUGGGUGAGAUUGUGUUUAAUCUCUCUAUUAUCACUCAGUCAUCAGAAUCAUCUUGGGUUUCUGGUUUUGAAUCAAUAAACAUUGGCCAAAAGGUUGAUACGAUCCUGGCUCGGUGAUCCUCUUUAUUCUGUGUAAUUACUGAAUAUUCA